CGGCGGUAGUUUGUCUUGUUGUGUACUAAGGCAUGUUGAAUUGGUGGUGGCAGUGUGUAUCCUUUCAUCCUUGAAAAUAGCAGAUAUACUCGGUUAGUAGGGCAAACGACGAGAAUGUAUCGACGGGCGUUUUUGUGUCGAGGCAUCUUUUUCCUUCUUAUUUUUCUCGUUAUGCGAGCAAGAGGCACAUCUCCAAUCCACACACGCCCCCUCCCUUUUCUCUCCGACUGGUUCCCAAAAAUCAUCGUCCAGUCCCAUAUAACGAUCGGUCAACUCGUAUCAAAGCCAACCACGAAGCAGCAUCUAGCCAAUCCAAUCCGCCACUCGCAUUCACCUUGUUUCACUUCGGGCAACUUGACCUUUUUUUUUUUUUUUUGUCCUUGUGUCACCCCCCACCAUGAGAAAAAACGAGCGUCAUCCCCCAUCAGCCGCUUCCCAAAAUGCAGGGUUGCAGGCUUCCAACCACCCCCGGCCCUCAGCCCCAAUCACAAGGGGACUGUGCUUCUAUGCUCCGGGUCGUAUUUGCCCCUCUAUGAUGGCAUUUUUUCAUAUUACCACUCUCUUCUUGUUUCCGUUUUCCGGCUGGCUGGGUUAUGUAGCUUCCAUAGUAGGUAGGAGUACGAAGUAGCACAGCGAAGCGCUUAUACCGCCUGGUCUGGUGGAGCGAAGAGUAAGAGUGAGAUUGAGAGUGAGAAUGAGAUGCCGAACACAAGCGUAGAGAGACAGAGCCAGGAUAUGCCCGGAGCCGUUUACAGCGGGCGGUCGUGG